AGUGCGUGUCGUUCAUCCGCGGCCGUCGUCGCUCGAUUGCCACCACGCAUGCCACAGAGCAUCCCCAUCCCUAUAAGCACACCCCCUGGGAACCCUAGAUCGAGCUCGCCCGAUCCCCUCCUUUUCCCCAUCGCGCCCCCUCCUCAUCUGCUCGAAAUCGAGCGCAAGAGCUCGCGCGGUGAUUGCGCCGCCGUCGUCGUUGCCGUAGCCACCGGCCACCGUUCGCCGUCCGCUGAUGCCCAGAAGAAGCGCGUCGUCAUCCUCUUCUUCCACGCCGAGCGCCACCAGCUAGGACGCCCUCGUGCCGUCGCUUCCGUCGAUCCCCUCCGCGGGCAACCGUCGUUGUCCGUCGUCGACGCGCUCGACCCUGCCUCCCCCUCCGGUCGACGGAGAACGCCGCCAACACGCCGUCGUCACCAAGCCUCCCCCGAGCCCGCGAACGCACAUCUGCAGGGCCCGUGAAAAUGGAAGGGAACACUAGAGGAGGUGGGCAUUCUGACGCAUUAAAGAACUACAAUGUGGGCAGAACAUUAGGUAUAGGCACAUUUGGAAAAGUGAGGAUUGCAGAGCAUAAGCAUACAGGGCACAAAGUUGCUAUAAAGAUUCUGAACCGUCGUCAAAUGAGAACUUUGGAAAUGGAAGAGAAAGCAAAGAGAGAGAUCAAGAUAUUGAGGUUGUUCAUCCACCCUCAUAUCAUCCGGCUUUAUGAGGUCAUUUACACACCUACAGAUAUAUUUGUUGUGAUGGAAUAUUGCAAGUAUGGUGAGCUAUUCGACUGCAUUGUUGAGAAAGGGCGGUUACAGGAAGAUGAGGCUCGUCGAAUCUUCCAGCAGAUUAUAUCUGGUGUUGAAUACUGCCACAGAAACAUGGUUGCUCAUCAUGAUCUAAAGCCAGAGAACCUGUUACUUGAUUCCAAAUACAAUGUGAAACUUGCCGACUUUGGGUUAAGUAAUGUCAUGCAUGAUGGCCAUUUUCUGAAGACUGGCUGCGGGAGUCCAAACUAUGCCGCACCAGAGGUUAUCUCACGUAAAUUAUAUGCUGGACCUGAGGCUGAUGUUUGGAGCUGCGGGGUGAUACUUUAUGCUCUUCUUUGUGGCACUCUUCCAUUUAAUGAUGACAAUAUUCCCAAACUGUUCAAAAAGAUAAAGGGAGGCAUCUAUACCCUUCCAAGUCAUUUAUCUGCUCUUGCAAGGGAUUUGAUCCCAAGAAUGCUUGUUGUUGAUCCUAUGAAGAGAAUCACAAUUCGGGAAAUUCGAGAACACCCAUGGUUUCAGAAUCGCUUUCCUCGCUACCUGGCAGUGCCUCCACCAGACACGGCGCAGCAAGCCAAAAUGAUUGAUGAAGAUACACUUAAAGAGAUUGUCAACCUGGGGUAUGAUAAAGACCAUGUGUGUGAAUCAUUGUGCAAUAUGCUGCAAAAUGAGGCAACUGUUGCAUAUUACUUACUCUUGGACAAUCGGUUCCGUGCCACUAGUGUAGGGUAUCAGAUGUCUCUCUCAAUAUCUAUUGGAUACAAGCUUUGAUUACAAGCAACACCAAUGGAGAUACAAGGUUUGGGGAUCAGGAAGAACAGAAGGAGGAGGACAAGAGGUAGGGGAAGAGAGUCGCUGUGCCAAAGCCAUGAUCCACUGGAUGCCCUGGACGUCGCCUCUCCUAGGCUCUUAUCGCCUUGGUCAUUCCAGAAUGGGCCAAGCCCGUUUAGCUGGCCCAAGGGGCCAGCCCAAGCAUGUGAUAGUAGGAGGGCUCCUAACAUCCCCCUCCUUGAAAUGCGGCUUGACCCCAAGCCGACACCACCGAGAGCCGCCAUGAUCCCAUUGCAUGCGGCGUUCCUUGACUAGCUUGAAGUCUUGAUGGUAGUCGAAGUCGGGGUUGGCUUGAACGACAAGGUUGGAGUAGCCGUGGCCGAUGGUGACUCCAUCCCAAGAGGCGCCGCAGAAGUGGUCGUUGCCAACAUAGUCUUGAUCGAAGUUGAGAUAGUACUUGUGGUGGAUGGAGCCUUGCACGAUGACGACAACGACAUUGGUGAUGAAAACCCUCCCUCCUUGAAAAGUGCCUCGAUCGGAAGCUGAAGUCCCAUAGCCUUCCUGGAUGACUGUGAAGCAUCCUAGACCAUGAGGUGUGCCCCACACACAGAUUUGUCCACUCCUCAUGGACUUGCAUGACUGGCAAUAUAAUGGCAGCAAGAACCCCUGUAUUGCUAUGAGCUUGUCAAGUCUGCAUUCAAGCUCCAAUGUUCCAGGCAAGAAAUGGAUGGUCAUCCCCUGAUUUAGUUCGCCGCUGGCCAUUGGCUUCUCCAUUCCCAACUGGAUGCAUAUAGGAGUCGCAUAUGCAAGCCAAACUGCAAACAAAUAAUGCACUAGGGAAGUCAAUGCACAUGUACUGCAUAUGUAGCUUGCAAGGCCUCCGGGAUCCCACAAUUGCUCAAGGUGGUCGCCACUAGCUGGCGUAUCUGGAGUCCAGCAAAACAUUUGUUUAUGCCCAAAGGAGAAUGAUACACUACCAAAUAGACUGGAAUCUGAAUAAUGAAUCUCUGUUGCAAAUUGUACAGCCUGAAUCGCAAAUAGUUUGAGAGUGUCGAAAUACCAGCCAUGAUUAACCUCACAUAAUAUUGGUUCAGAAAGGGGUUGAGGCAACAUAAAAAUAUGUUGUGAAUUUUUGUCCCGCGAUUGAUGCUUGUCCCACUGCCAUUGCAUCGUGAUACCAGCUGGAGCAAAAGACAAUAAUGGCCAAAAUUGCACGAACUGAAUAUAGACACUACUUGGAAGUGUUGUACUUAGAGCACCCAAUCGCUGCUUGCUGUGAAGGAGCUUGUCAUGACCAUUGAAACCUGAAUCAUUUUUGCCCCGUUUCAAAAACCACGAGCAUGAGAGCUGCACUGGAAGUAUCCUUAUGCAAUUCCCAAGGAGAUUGGAGCACCGUUCCCAUGCAUUGUUAGUGUGAAAGUUGAUUGAAGCACAACCACUCCUUUAAAUUCUUCUUGACUCAAAAACAUCCAGUGCACUGACAUAUGCAUAAUAUGAAUAAUUCCCUGCAAUUUAUCAGAAAUAGGACUGCAACCCAGAAAUUUUGUUCGAUCCAGAUAAAACUGAAAAACUUCACUUUGCUGCGGUACGUAGCAUGGACCAAACUGCAAGUCCUUGUAGUCAAACUGCAUCUGUUUAGUAUUGAGUGUUGCCUGGUCCAGUGGACGCUCGAAACAGAGAAACAACUCCCAGAUCUGAAUAGUACUACCCUCAAACAUGUAAACAACAGCAGCCAAAACUUCGUGCAGUUUCAAAUAUGCUUGAGCAGAGCCUCCUUCAAGGUAAUAUGUUGGCUGGACACAUGGAAUGCCUUCAUUCGUGUAAUUUGGUAGCUUCAGGCGAACAAUUUUGUGACUGAACUUGAACACCGAUGGUGCCUUUUGAGCACAUAAUUUAUAAGAGGACUGCAUAAAGCAGACUUCAUGUAAUAGUUUCUUAGCGAAACAUGAAUCAUCAGUGUUCUGUUGCAAAGACGACAAGCAGAAAAUA